CCUCCUCUGUUACCAACUAGGACUGCACAUUAUGGGGAGCUCGCUCCAGAGUGUGCCAGCACAUAUUUCAAAUAUGGAUGUGCCCUGCUAUACAAAGCUCAGGAGGAGACUGAUCCUUUGGGCAAUGUUCCCAAGAGUGAACCAAAUGAAGAAUCAGUGAAGAGUACAACUGCUAAAGCUGAUAGUGAAUGCUCAAAGGCCUCUGGUAGCAAUGCGGAGGAUGCUGUGUCUUCAGGGAAAGUUGGUGCUGAAGAAGGUGAAAGUUCAAAUGGCAAAGAUCACGGUGAUGGAAAUGGUGAAAUCGAGAAGGAUGAUGAUGAUGACGACGACGAUGAUGAGAAGAUGGGAGAUGAAGAAGAUUCUGAUUUGGAUCUUUCGUGGAAAAUGUUGGACAUUGCAAGGGCAAUAGUUGAGAAGAGCCCAGACAACACUAUUGAGAAAGUAAAAAUUUAUUCUGCUCUUGGUGAAGUUGCAUUGGAAAGAGAGGACAUAGACAACUCACUCAGUGACUACAUGAAAGCUUUAGCCAUGUUGGAGCAAUUGGUUGAGCCUGAUCAUCGUCGAACUGUGGAACUAAACUUCCGCAUAUGUUUGGUUUAUGAGCUGGCAUCCAAGAUUGGAGAUGCAAUCCCAUAUUGUGCAAAAGCGAUUUCACUAUGCAAGUCACGCAUACAGUCUCUGAAAAAUUCCAAGGAUGCUUCUUUGGCUGGUAAAGAUGGUGAAUCUGCUGCUGAAGGGGGCUCAGAAAAAUCAGCUCCUGAAGCUGAGAUAGAGCAGCUUACUGGCAUAUUGACUGAACUUGAGAAGAAGCUUGAAGACCUGGAGCAAGCCAUGUCGAAUCCAAACCCUAUGGAAGAGGUCAUGAAGGCGAUUGCAUCCAGGGCAGCUGCUGCGCAGAAAGCUGCUGAUGGGAUGCCAAGAGCUGCAUCUUUCACCUCUUCCCAGAUGGCCACUUCGAACAAUGGCUUUGACUCCUCCGUCAUGUCUACGGCAGCAACAACUGGAAGCACCGGAAGUACCGUGACUGACCUUGGCGUUGUAGGCAGAGGCGUCAAGCGAGCUAACAUCAUGCCGAUCUCAGCCGAACCUGCUCCGAAGAAGCCUGCGGUGGAUUCAGCAUCCUCAAAAGGCGAUAGCAGCAACAGCUCGGAGCCUCUUCCUACGGCACAGAACGGUGAUGAAUCUGUAUCGAAGUAGAUUACAAUUUCGGUACCCCUACCUAUCAUGUUAACUUGCUGGAAUCUGCUAGUGGCCUAUGUCUAUGUGGUUCUGCUUCAAUUAAUGUGCCCUGCUGUUAGCUGUUUUAGCUAAGCUAUUUAAAUGUUUGAGAAGAGUACUGUUUGAGCCAUGAACUCAUCCUGAGCUCUGUAACUUGUAAGGUUAAAUUGCUGAGAAGUUUAUCACCCGUGGUGACUCGUGCC